AUGUAGUCAGUGACACACAUACAGAUGAAACUGAAUCCUCCAGCGACCUGCCAACAUGUCUUGCGGUUAUAAAAGACGGGUUAUCUAAUACCAUGAGAUACGAGUGGAUAUCGUGCCAGACACCCCAAGGAUUCAUUUGCAGUGUUGGUUUGACGGAAAACAUCGGAAUCACGGGUAUCAGUUGGACUGGAAUGUACAUUGGUAUAGGUAUUGGGUGUGCGUUAAUUGUGACUGCCAUCUGCGUUCCAAUCCUCAUGAAAAGACAGAAAGUCAUGUGUUUCAAGCGUAAAGAGGGGGAUCAGCAAGUGCAAUUCCACUCAGGAAGAACGCCAAACGGUGUGGAUAUUCACAGUACGCCUGAAAGCUCAGAAUAUUGUGUCAUAGAUCAACAUGAACAAAGGCUCACAUCAUCUGUGUCACCAGAAGUUUAUAACGUCCUGUCAGGAACAACAAAACAGAAGAGUAAGAGGACCUGUAUAAAGCCCUACAGUCACAUUUCCGGACCUGGGAAACACACGAAGUACACAGGAGACUAUGACACGACAGAGUCUGUGCUGCACAGAGGAGACUGGUGUCGUGGAGCUACUGGAGGGUACAGCGCUACGCCUUCCAGUGUAGAGCAGCAAGAUGAACACAGUCAUCUCCUGGACGUACAGGAGUCUGAGGAGGAUCAGUACAACGUCCACGGCAAGCAGGUCUCUUCACGAGAUGGUUCUAGUCACGCUGGUAUCUACAACCGCAUAGGCACAGAGAAGGGACAUUAUGACCUAACGUUAAAUUUGCACGUAAAGAAAGCCAUAAGAACUGACUCGUACAGUCACAUUAGUAGGCCUAACAUGUGUUCGGAGGGUGGACAAUACGAUGCUGUUAGCACAACAGAAAAUGAGAACGCACAAGGUGAUACCUAUAACCAUAUUGGUUUGGAUUAAAACAACUUAAAGUAGACGUAUGUUUACUAUUAAAAUAUAUAUUUAUGGCGUCGACUUUGACCUUGGUUAUAAUUAGGAGAUAAACGUACUGUGUUUGGAAAUUAGAUGAAUGUUAGACCGAAUUGAUAGUCUCUAAAUUUCAUUUGAAGCCGAACGCGUAGCGUGUGUAUGUUAAUUGCGCCAAACGGCCAAUCCAAAGUCAUGAAAUCUUUGGAAAUGUCCAUGUAGCGUCGUUUGCCUUUAUUGAUUAAAACAUGUGCAGGUUGUGUGCGUAUUAUGUAAAUUUUACAAACGAUUCAAAGCAAAAAGGAUCAAUGGUACAUCUGUUUUUAUUGCAAACGUAGCUCGUUAGGGAAAUCGGUCAAUAACGUUUAAGGAUCUGUUUGAUUAAUCCAGGUUUAGGUAUUGGGGCUACUAUACCAUCACGGUGUGAGUGUGAGACAUACUAAUUUAGAUAGAUCAGAUAGUGUGGUUCUGUUUCAAGUUAUCAUCAAUGCUUAAAGAUUCAAAUUAAAAUGGGAUGUAUGGCAGGAAUGUUACCGUUCAAUUCCAAACUCACAUUCCAUACAUAAGUCUUCAACUUCAAGCGACCUCAACAAUUUUUGCCAGAUUAAAAUAACACAGCUGUUACAACGAUUCGA